AUGGCGGGAAAGCACUGGACGGGAGGAAAUCACAAGCAACGAGUUUUAGUGGUCUUCGUUUGGCUCCCCGUCAAACAUGCAAAAAUAGUCAAAGUCUGUAUGCAGUCAUUGUUGGAGGGGAAGCAGAAUUUGACAGAUAUGCAAACAGGAAAGCCAUUCCUCGGUAUUUCCGUCAGAGACACCGCACAGGUCCAGUACUCCAUGCCCAUGAUGAUGGCGAAUUCAGCAGUUGACCUAAAAAGUAUCAUGACAAGCACUGACAACAAUUCUACGAGGAUGAGAGAGCGACUCACCCAAUUCAGUCGAUUUUUGAACGCAACCGAAGCUGUCUCCAUACAUCCUGACGUUGUGGGAUUUUUCCAUGGCAUGCACCCAAGGUUAUUGAUUUAUGGUAGGACUGUAACCCAAGUCGCCCACUACCCAUUGCAUUCAGCCUUUGCUGACCGAAAGCACGCAUUUCGCAUGAGGGAAGUAUCCUCCAAAACAACCGAAGAACAUUUAUCCUACUUGACCAACCCUACGUCAGCCGACAUAGCUGCUACAUUUGGCAAGCCAUAUAACCAAUCGCAACCAUACAGAAGCAGUCAUGAGCGCUACUAA